AUGAUUAAGUCAUAUUAUAAUGAGCAUAGUUGUGCCAGAAAGUACAUAAAUAAGUCUAUUACAUCUGGUUGGAUUGCUGAAGAACUUGCCUAUAAGUUGAAGAUGGAUCUUGAAAUGAAGACCAAGGCAAUGGCUGCUUAUAUUAUGGAAAAGUAUAAUGUAACAGUCCCUUAUGUUUCAUUGUACAGAGCAAAAAAGAAAGCCCGUAUAGCCAAUGAAGGUAGUCAUGCAGAGUCAUUUGGCAAACUAAAUCACUAUGGUGAAGUGAUGAGAGAUAGAAAUCCAGGUAGUCUUUUUAGGCUCAAUUUUCAUCAAAGGCAGGUAUUCACAGAGCCUCCAAUUUUUAAGAGAGUGUUUCUUUGUUUCAAAGCUUGCAUAAAUGAUUUUGUGAGGGAUUGUAGACCAUUUAUAGGUCUUGAUGGUUGCCAUCUCAAGGGUGUGUAUGGAGGAGUUCUACUGGCUGCUAUAGCUGUUGAUGGAAACAAAGGAUUAUUUUCCAUUGCAUAUGGUGUGGUUGAAAGUGAAGGUAGAGAAAGUUGGCAGUUUUUCUUAACAAAUUUAUAUGCCGCUCUACACAUUUACAUGGAUGAUAUGACCAUCACAUUUAUGUCUGAUAAACAAAAAGGGCUACAUGAGGCCAUUAAUGAGACAUUUGUAGGCCAUCACCAUAGAUGUUGCAGUAGGCAUCUGUAUCAAAACUUCAACAAAAGGUUUUCAGGUGUGUUACUAAGAAGACUUUUUUGGUCUGCAUCUAAGGCAUCUAAUUCAUUCUUUUUUGGGAAAGCAAUGAAUGACAUGAAAGACAAGAACAAAGAAGCAUAUGAUUGGUUGAGUAAAAAUCCUCCCAACAUGUGGGCUAGACAUGCAUUUGAUUUUAGAUGCAAGAGUGACCAUAUAACAAAUAAUAUGAGUGAAUCAUUUAACCAGUGGAUUAACCAUUUUAGGAACAAGCCCAUUCUGAUUGUAAUUGAUGAGAUAAGGAAACAAUUGAUGUCAACAAUGCAUAAAAGGUAUGAAUUGGGUUGCACCUUUAAGGGAAUAGUCACACCAAAGAUCAAGAGAAAGUUGGAUUUGCUCAAUGAAGAAUCUAGAGGGUGUAUUCUCCGUCCUGCUGGAUUAGAUGAGUAUGAAGUCUCAGAUAGGGAUGGCAGUUAUGAGGUUAAUUUGAAAAACCACACUUGUGGUUGCAGAGCGUGGGAAGGUACAGGAAUACCUUGUAAGCAUGCAACCUGUUGUAUUCUUUACAAGAGGCACACAUUGGAAAGCUAUUGUGAUGAUUACUAUAGAGUAAAAAGAUACUUGGAGGCUUACAAGGAUAUAAUCCACCCAUUACCUGGUUUGGAGCAGUUAAAAUCUGAGCAUCACCUAAGUACUGUUCAGCCUCCACCCUUGAAGAGGUUACCAGGAAGACCACAUAUCAAUAGGAAGAAGGAACCUGAUGAAGGAGCAUCUGGAGAGUUUAGAAAAAGAUUUGGAAGUAUCAGAUGUAGCAACUGUAAGGAGGUAGGCCACAACUCAAGGAAAUGCAAAAGAGCUCCAAUUAAAGGGAAGGAAGUAAAGGGAAAGAAGGGAAGUGGGAGCAAAUGUGAUGUUAAUACCUCUCAAAGAUUGACCAGAUCUCAAGCUUCUUCUACCAUCACUUAUGACAAUAUGCAGGCCAAGAUUGAAGCACAAAGGAAAGCCAAGGAAGAUAAAAGGAAAGCAAGAGAAAUGAAGAAGAAAUAA